CCCGCUCGGCGGCGGCGGCAGCAGGUGAGGAUGCGGCUGGGCGCGCGCCCCCGCGUCGGCGGCGCUGGCGGCCGCCGGGGCUGAGGUUGCUGCCAUGGCUGUGCCGGGCGCCGGGGCGGCGGCCGCCGGCGGUGGCGGUCCGUGCCCGCUGUGGACGGCGCUGUACGACUACGAGGCGAGCGGCGAGGACGAGCUGAGCUUGCGGCGGGGGGACGUGGUAGAGGUGCUGUCGCAGGACGCGGCCGUGUCAGGCGACGACGGCUGGUGGGCGGGGAAGAUCCGCCACCGUCUCGGCAUCUUCCCCGCCAACUACGUGACCCGCCAGCCCCGCGGCGGGGCGGCUGCGGCGGGCAGCGGUGGCGGCGGGCAGGGGGACCCCGCGGGGAGCCUGACGGAGAUCGACUUCCAGCACCUGGAGCUGCAGGAGAUCAUCGGCGUGGGGGGCUUCGGGAAGGUGUACCGGGCCACCUGGCGCGGCCGCGAGGUGGCCGUGAAGGCGGCGCGGCAGGACCCCGACGAGGACAUCACGGCCACAGCGGAGAGCGUGCGGCAGGAGGCCAAGCUGUUCUCCAUGCUGAGGCACCCCAACAUCAUCGCCCUGCACGGGGUCUGCCUGCGGGAGCCCAACCUCUGCCUCGUCAUGGAGUUCGCCCGCGGCGGCUCCCUCAACAGGGCCCUGGCCGCCGCCGCCGCUCCGGGGGCCGGGGCUGCCCGCGGGGGCCGCCGCAUCCCCCCGCACAUCCUGGUGAACUGGGCGGUGCAGAUCGCCCGCGGCAUGCUUUACCUGCACGACCAGGCCAUCGUCCCUAUUCUGCACCGGGACCUCAAGUCGAGCAACAUUUUGUUGCUAGAGAAGAUGGAACAUGAUGACAUCUGUAAUAAAACUCUGAAGAUUACAGACUUUGGUCUGGCUAGAGAGUGGCACAGAACAACCAAAAUGAGUGCAGCAGGGACUUAUGCGUGGAUGGCUCCAGAAGUUAUCAAGUCCUCCAUGUUUUCUAAAGGAAGUGAUAUUUGGAGUUAUGGAGUGUUGCUGUGGGAACUGCUUACAGGAGAAGUUCCUUACCGUGGCAUUGAUGGCCUUGCUGUGGCUUACGGAGUUGCUGUCAAUAAGCUUACUUUGCCCAUUCCAUCCACCUGUCCCGAACCAUUUGCAAAACUAAUGAAAGAAUGCUGGGAGCAGGACCCUCAUAUCCGACCAUCGUUUGCCUUAAUUCUUGAACAGCUUACUGCCAUUGAAGGGGCAGUUAUGACUGAAAUGCCUCAAGAGUCUUUCCAUUCCAUGCAAGAUGACUGGAAAUUGGAAAUUCAGCAGAUAUUCAAUGAAUUGAGGACCAAGGAAAAAGAGCUUCGGUCACGAGAAGAGGAGUUGACAAGAGCAGCUCUUCAGCAAAAAUCUCAAGAAGAAUUACUGAAACGCCGUGAGCAGCAGUUAGCAGAACGAGAGAUUGAUGUACUGGAGCGUGAGCUGAAUAUCAUGAUAUUCCAGUUAAACCAAGAGAAACCCAAUGUAAAGAAGAGGAAGGGCAAAUUUAAAAGAAGCAGGUUAAAACUUAAAGAUGGACACAGAAUUAGUUUGCCUUCAGAUUUCCAGCACAAAAUAACAGUGCAGGCAUCCCCCAAUCUGGAUAAGAGGAGGAGUCUAAACAGUAACAGCUCUAGUCCAUCAAGUAGCCCCACAAUAAUUCCUCGUCUUCGAGCUAUACAAUUGAUUCCCAAAACAGAUACACACACAACUAAUGGCCGAAGAAACAGUGUAUAUGUGUACCAGCAAGAUGUAGAUAUCACAAGUGAAUGUGAACUUCCCAGUGGGGUUAUGAAAAAAGGCAAGAUUUCAUUAUGUUUCAAAGUAACUUCAGAUGAAAGCAACAGAACUUGGGGAAGGAGCAUAACUUAUCACCAAGAAGAGUUUGAGGAUGUGAAGAGAAGUUUUAAAAAGAGAGGUUGUACAUGGGGACCAAGUUCAGUUCAAAGCAAGGAUCGUGCAGACUGUAAGGACAAAAUAAGACCCCUUUCAGAUGGCAGCAACCCUUGGUCAACCGUUUUAAUGAAAAAUCAGAAGGGUGUUCCCCUAGCUUCACUAUUUGUGGACCAAGGUGUCUGUACUGAUAAGAAACUUCUCCCUGAAGGUUUGGACAGUAAAAGACCAAAGCCAAUUAAGUUGCCGAAUCAGGCCUAUAUUAACCUACCUCUGUGGAAAGAUGAUCAGGGAGAGAAUACAGUAGAACAUGAGAGCUUUGAAGAAGGAACCUCUGCUAGUUCUACAAAUAGUACUCCUCAAAUGACACCUACAAACAGUCUGAGCAGGACGCUGCAGAAAAAGAAGACUGAUUCAGUGCUGUAUGGGUGUGCUGUCCUGCUUGCAUCUGUUGCCCUGGGCUUAGAUAUCAGAGAGCUGAACAGACCACAGGGUCCAGAUGAACUUCUGCCUAAGGAUGAGAAGAAGAAGCGUGAUGGAAUAUUUCAGCGUGCUUCAAUAUUUCGCAGGAGUGCCAGCCCUACACGACUACAGUCCAAGAAAGAGGAAACAAGUGUUCCAACCCUAAAUCCAGCUGCAAAUUCUGUGAAUCUUCUCUCUAUGCCCUCCAUUUCCACAAAAUGCUUACUUCAGCCUGACAGUGAAGAUGCAUUUGUAAGCACUGUGCUUGAUGAUUGUGGUCCAUGUAGUUCUACUGAUGACUUUUCAUCUGAAACUUCUGAAAGUAAGAGAGAACAGAGGAUACAGCUGGCUUCUAAUGCAGUUUCUACUCGAUUAAAAAAUCGGCCUUUUAAUCUUUGUCAGAAAGAAGAAUCUCAAAAUUUGCAAAAUGAUUCCUUGACAAAGUUACGUAUGUUGGGUCACAGGCGAACCUUAUCAGAUGGGAACAAUUUUCAGACCACAGCUAAUGGAUUUGCUUCAACCAAUGUUGUCUCCACAAUACCAGUUCUGUCAGUUACUGGAACUCUGCACUCUCCGUCUGUUCAACAAAGAAGCAAUCGCAGUGGUGUUUCAACUGAAAAGCAAAGCACUGUCAAUAUUAUAUCAAGGCCUCGACCUUCUUCUCUAAGAAGUAAAAUCGAUUCAUGGCAGAUUAUUCCACGUAUUAUUAAACCAAACUCUAAAGACUCUGAAUGUCUAGAGGGCAGUUCAGAUGUUACCUUCUUGCAAGAUGCUGAGGAAAGAACUAACUGCCACAUGCCCUCAUUACUUGAUAUUGAUGUGGAAGGUCAAAACAGAGACUGUACUGUGCCUUUAUGUAGAAUGAAGAGCAAAACUUGUCGACCAUCUAUAUAUGAACUGGAGAGAGAGUUUCUGUCAUGAGUGCCUUUCAUUUUUAAAAUGUUUGCUUUUUAAAGGGGAACAAAUAUAAAAUUCUUGUCCAUCUAAUGCUUUGUGCUGCUGUUUCCUGAUGUACUGUGACAAAGAGUACCAAAAUUAUUAAAAUGGGCAGCUAAUUAAGAAAGUGUAGUAGGUGCCUUUUUCAAAUGUUACUUGGAAUCCCAGCUAGUAACUCUAAAAGCACAGUGCUGCAAAAUAGUAUCCUAGGUGAACUUUAUAAGUAUAUUUUGAAUGACUAAAAUAACAUGCCCACCCCCCUCUGCAGUGUCACAGAACUUUUCUUUAGGUUUGAGGGAUUUUGCUAGAAAUCUAACUUUUGCACAUUGAAAAGAUGAAUGACACGGUAAGGUUGCGUUCUGACAAGAAGAGUUUUGCCUAGGUGGUUUUCUCCAGCUUUCCUCUGUGGCCUGUAGAAUUAGGGAUGAGGGCAGGGGAUUUAAGCUGCUGGUGCGGGAGGCUCUGUUCACUGCUCAUUAAGUAGCUGGUUACUUUUUGGCAUUUGAAACUGAAAUUGGUUAAGGACUAGCAGCUGAAUUUUUUCAGGUUUUACCCUUGGGUUUUGUGAGAGCUUUCAACUGUGUGCAUUAGUGUCACCAGAAAGUUACACUGCUUGUAUAAACACUUUGCUUUCAGUCACCAUAUUGAUUUGAGAGGAUAAACUUCAGUAUUGCAAUUGGAUUAAAGGUAUUUGACAUACUUUAUAAUGUGAAACAACAUUCCUUGUAGGUAAGGAUACACUGGAACGUAAAUAUUUGUACUCUUAACCUUUUGAAGACUACAGUGUUUGCACUGAAAACAAUAUUCUUGGUUUGGAAUUUUUUGUUUGUGGAGGGGUUUGCCCCCCUUCUUGUUUUUUAAACUGCUGCACCUUGUACUGAGGAAAGAUGAUGGGUUUAAGGAUGAUUGGUUUUGAUUUCAGUCAGACGGAGUUGCAUUUUACUGCACUCAGAUUUUUAAAACUAUGAUAAUUUAGUAUUAAAUCUUUCAAUAUAAUCUCUGCAGCUUUUAUUCCUGAAGUUACUACUGAGUGCCUGGUUAUUCUUCUUUAGGAAUUGAAGGACAGAAACAAAUAUGCUUGACUGGUUUUCAGAGAUGGAAAGGUUCCAGAGAAUUCCAAGUAGUUAGUUGUGGAGGGAGGAACGUUAACCUUGAUAACACUGAUAGUUUAAUUUUUUACAAUAUCACUAAGUGAUUAAAUAAAGCCAAAUGUAAAGUGUACUUUCCCUGACAAAAGCAUUUCUAGAUUUAGAGGAACAUCCCUCAUAUUCCAGUAUUUGAAGUCUUUUAAUUUUGCAUAUCAUUUGACAUUUAAGUAGUUUUCAUAAAUAAAAUUAGAUCAUGUUAGAAUAAAAGUGCUGUGUUCCCAUCAGAAUACUGUUUUGUUGAGACCUUUGUUUUAAAUGCUUUCUUCUUCUUUGCUCUGGGGUCUGGGAGUGCAAUUGUUAAAUAGAAUACACAAUUGCUUAAAGCCUCAAAACCAAGGGAUUAAAAAAAGAAGCCUCUGUUCUAAGACUGGUAUGCAAUACAGUGGCUACCUUGAGGAUAACAGAUAAUUAUGCAUACAAAAUCAUGAAGGCUUAAUCACACAGAGCAGAACAUAGAAAAUGCAACUUCCCAGUUCUCAAGAUGAAAGCAGUAAAGUAUUAGUUUACCAAAAGUAAAGAUGUAACCACUACUUGUCUGUAAAAAUACGUGCUUGCAUAGCAGGUUAUUACAUUUUGUUCAAACGUGUUUCUAUUUCAGUGUUCUUAGUUUUUUUUGUCAACAUGAUUCAAGUUGCAUACUGUUCUUUGUCUUUUAACUUUAAUUUCAUCAGAACACUUUAAAUAGAUGAAGUCAAUUCCAGUUUUAAUACAAAAUGUUUUCAUAAAGUCAAGUCAGGUAAUGCACAUGGAUCAAAAAGUAUAGUUUGUUAGCAGAUUUAUCUUGAAGGCUUAAUUCGAAUUUUUGAACAUUAUGUAUAUUUCAACUCUUUCUUGAUCAAUUAUUCCUGUGUAAUACUGCGAGCAAAGGAGUUGAUUGUAUUGCAUGUUCCUGAAGAAAGUAUCUGGCUUUCUACAGGAAAAUCUCAGGUGCUGAAGUAUUUUGACUUGUAAACUUCUGUUGUGUUCUGUACUUUUAAGGUUCAUAUAAUUUUAAAUGUUGAAUUUUGCACCCUGUGUUUUGUAAUCAAUAGUAUCAGCAUAAAAAGCCCUUUGUGAGCUGUAUUUUUUUCACUUAUCAGUGGCUUAUCUCUUGUAAUGAAACAAAGAUUUCUGUUGCUGUUAAGUGGGUAAUUUCCACCCCCCAUAAGAGUGGGGCAUGAUAUGAGCAGCCCAGUGUGUUGUAACUCAUUUAGGAGUUUGUACUCCACCUCUUAUUCUAAGACAGUUUAGGUAAACCAUCUCAAAUAUUUCUCUUGUGUGAUACAGGCAUUUUGGGUUUUUUUUAAGCUAUAGUCUAUAGUGCUUUAUAAUCGUUUUUAUAGUUUAAAAUUAUAGGCCAGUCUUCACUGAAAUUAAAAAGAGAAAAAAAAAAGACCAUAUUUCAAUCAUGUUUUCACAGUCUGUAUUUCACUUGUCACCAGAGAAACUUUCUAUAAAGGUAUGGGAAUCUGGUAUACAGUAAGUGAUCUGUCUUGGUUGAAAGUAUAUUUAUUUCAAUGUAGGUUAAUAGCCUGACCAAAUAAUAAUUUAUGUUGACUGUUUUAGCAUAAAACUGAAGGUGCUUACACUACAAAGAUUAAGAUAAACACUUGACAUGCUGUUUUACAAAACCUGUUGAUUUAAAUGUUUUUAUUUAAAAAAAUAAAUGUUUUGUAGCUA